AGAGAGGGACGCUGCUAAACAGAGCUGUAGAUGAUGGGGGCUGUGGUGGGAACACUCUCUGUACAGACGAGGCAACAGAGUCUACACAAAGACAAGAUUGAAGAUGAACUUGAAAUGGCUACAGUAUCCCAUCGACCGGAAGGUUUGGAUCAACUGGAAGCUCAGACCAAUUUCACUAAGCAAGAACUGCAGGUGCUUUACAGAGGCUUUAAGAAUGAGUGUCCCAGUGGCGUUGUCAAUGAAGAAACGUUUAAGAAGAUUUACUCACAGUUUUUCCCUCAUGGAGAUGCCAGUAUGUACGCACAUUACCUCUUCAACACAUUCGACAGUGCCAACAAUGGAUCGGUCAAAUUUGAGGACUUUGUGAUGGCUCUUUCAGUCUUGCUAAGAGGGUCACUUCAGGAAAAGCUGAGAUGGACAUUCAAUCUAUAUGACAUAAAUAAGGAUGGUUACAUAAAUAAGGAGGAAAUGACGGAUAUAGUAAAGGCGAUUUAUGACAUGAUGGGGAAGUACACUUAUCCAGUUCUAAAGGACAAUGCACCUCGACAGCAUGUGGAUGUCUUCUUCCAGAAAAUGGACAAAAAUAAAGAUGGAGUUGUAACCAUAGACGAAUUUAUUGAAUCUUGCUUGCAGGAUGAGAAUAUCAUGAGAUCGUUGCAACUCUUUGAAAACGUCAUGUAGCUGCUCAGCGUAAAUCCUCCCAACAGGUGGAGAUUGGAAUGACACUGGACAUUCGCAAUCGAUGGCUCAAACAGAACAGGAGACCUGUGUCUGCUCCCUGCAAGUGACCUCCAGCACCUGGAGCGUGGC